AUGGCUUCCAGAGGUACCCAAGAAACAACCAAGCUGCGGCAGAACUUGGAAGAGCAACUAGACAGAUUGAUGCAGCAGUUGACAGACUUGGAGGAAUGCAAGGCAGACUUAGAUCCAGAGGAAUAUGAUGAAACAAAGAAUGAGACCCUAGAACAGCUGAAAGAGUUCCAGGAGAACCUCAACAGAAUGCUACAAGGCAACUUGAGCCUGGUCGAUGAACUUAAUGCCAUGCAGCUGGCCAUUCAGGCAGCUAUUACUGAUGCCUUCAAAACUCCAGAAGUUAUCCGACUCUUUGCCAGGAAGCAGCCGGGACAGCUGCGAACUAGGCUGGCAGAUAUCAGCCGGGAUGAGAAGAUUGGGAAGUUGCCCAAGCAGCUGGCGGAGCAGCAAUCCGUGGAGAUACUGACAGCCUUGAAGAAACUUGGGGAGCCUCUUACAGCCACAGAGGAAGCUUACCUUCAGCAGAAUUCUUCGGGGAGCCUGCGGGAGUUUGAACGUGUGUCUGGUGAAAUUGGUUCUAGUGAAAAAGUUCUGGCAGUCGCAGGAUCACAGGUAGAGAAGGCAAAGAAAUAG